UUGUAGGUAACCCACAAUGUCAAACGAAAUAACCUUUACAAGUAUUAAACAUUUGAAGAGGAAAAAACAAUUUUAGUUAGAGUCCCGUCUGCUGCCUGGACCACAUGACAUUUUUUCUAGUAUUUUUUUUAGAUCUUCUUUACCUGUUUUGGUUCCUAAUCUAUUUUCCAAACUAUGUUUUCGUUGUCUUUAUUUACUGCAAUAUACCUUUACGUAGAAGAACCUAUUUGUUAAAUUUGGUAAAUCGGAUCUGUCAGGUCAAUGAAAAAUGUUUAUUGAAAAAAAAAGCUUUAUAAUUUUUGUUUUAAUCUCGAAAUACUGAUUUCCAUAACUAACUAACGUAAUAAAUACUAUUUGACUAUAAAUUUACAGUUCCAAGACAACAUGUGUCAAGUCAAAAUUAUUGGUUUCCCAUAUACAUCACCCAUAAAUCACCCAAAGGGCAAAAGUAGUAGGUAUAUUUUCUUUCUCAAUACCGAAAUUUUUGAUAAUUUAAUCAAAGUUUACGUCAUUUUCACUUUGAUGGACAAUAUAUAAUGCUUGUUAUAAGAAAAAUUAUAUAGCAACUAGCUAAUGUUAUAUCACAUGUGAAUUCUUUCAAUAAGCAUUAUUGUUGAAGUAAGUCUUGCUUAUCAGUGACGUUAAUUAAAUAAUGGUGCUAUGGAUAACACGUGUUAUAUCGUGCAAUAUAAAUGUUCAGGUUAUAAUUAGUAUAAUAGGAAGUAUGAAGAAUUUUGACAAAAUUAUUACUCACUCAUUGUCUGCGUGUGAAAGAUAAAUAGUCACUGAUUAAAUUUAUUAGGGUCAGGAAAAGAUGAGAUCAUGAUGUUUGGUUCUACUUGCUUACGAAAGUCUUUAUGAAAUAUAGGGGAUCAUAAAUGCCUAUAAUUUGGGCUACUAUACUAUACUUUUUGUCAUGAGCUUGCUUGCCACUUUUAUGAAGUUCAAUCCCGCUAUGGGAUAUAUCUUGCUAUGGUUGGCAUGGGCCAUAAUAGCAAUAUCAAAAUCCAGCACGCCAAUACUAGCAGCUCGAUUCAUCGGUGGUAUUUCGGGAGGUGCUAAUCUCGUGUUCUCUCCUAUGUUCAUAUCAGAGGUCGCAGAGGAUUCUAUUCGAGGGGCUUUAGCUUCAGCACCUAUCCUAUUAUACGGCAUUGGAGCGUUAGUGUCGUAUUUAUUAGGAUGGUUCCUUAGUUACAACACUAUAGUUUGGAUCAACUUAGCGAGUGCCGUGUUUGCUUGCGGCCUGCUAAUGGUCAUCGCCGAGAGCCCUGUAUACUUGUUGAAGAAGAAUAGAGAGGAGGAUGCUCGCUUAUCACUGGCCGUUUAUCGUGGCGCAGCGUCUAAAUCUUUGAUUGUACAAGAAGAACUUUCAAGAUUGAAACAACAACUAAGUCCUGUUUAUGAGAUGGUAUCUAUUACCGAUAAGCCAGAAGAAACUGAAAAAGAAAAGCUAGACGCGGAAAAUUUGAACCUUGGACCACUGCCAAAGAAAUCUGGAUUCAAGACACUUUUCACAUCACCAACCUCGCGGCGAGCAUUUUUGGUAGUGAUCACUGCUAUGACAAUGCAGGUGUUCAUGGGCAUAGUUCCAGUGCAAGUUUACGCAAAGGAAGUGUUCAAAGAAGCCGACCCCAGUAAAGCUGACUUGUACUCCGUGUUCUUCGCUAUAGUGCUCGUGGGAGGUAGUUUCGUCACCGGCGCCAUCGCCGACAAAGCUGGACGACGGGUUUUGAUAAUAACGUCAUCAGUUAUGGUAGCAGUGUGCAUGGCAAGCUUAGGUAUUCUGCUGCAGACUCGCAUCGGUCCUUCGUGGUUGAUCGUCGCGAUGAUCCUGUUGUACUGCUUCUGUUUCAUGUCUGGUGCGGGUUCCAUACCGUACGUUCUGCUGGCAGAAGUAUUCACGUCUGAGGUUCAAGCCUUCGCUUCCUGCUUCAUCGUCGAGUGGGUGUGGUUCUUGAACUUCCUCGUGCUGGCUAUGUUCACAUGGUUGAACCAAAUCAUCGGCAUCCACGGCACCUUCUACUUGUUCGCAGCCAGUGGCGUCAUCAAUGCAAUCCUUAGCUUCUUUGUCGUGCCCGAGACUAAGGGGUUGUCCAAUUUGCAGAUACAGGAGUUGUUUUCCAAGAGCCGGCGGAAAUAGAUGACCGGGACGAGAUUUAGCAUAAGGAAAACCUAAUUCUAUCUUUUGUUAAGUUUGAUAACUAUUGUAACAAUACAAGCACUGAUUACCA